AUGACUACUUCCACGGAUCCCUCGUUCGAGGAUAUCAAACGUAAGAGGGAACGUGAAGGCUCACUCGAAAUCGCUGAGACAGAGACCUUAGUGACUCAAACUGAUUCCUCAGACGAAGGCGACAAAACGACGGUUCGAUCAAAAAAGAAGCGACAUGACAAAGUUGCUGAAGACGUAGAGGAAGAUUUUCCGAGGACACCAGGCGGCGAGACGAUGAGAACUUUACAAAAAAGAGUGGAGACAAUGAAAGUCAAUGCACAUGGCAACGGAGAACGAGAGUCUUCAGGAGUUAUUAUUAAUGUUGACUCAUCAGCCAAUGAACCCCCAUCAACGGCACCGCCUGGCGACAACGGUGAAAUUGCUGAGGGAUCUAGUGAUACGUCUGGUAACGAAAAAUCCGUGUCAAAGGACAUUGCUCCCGGCGAAGGUGAAAUUUCGUCGGUCAACUCAUCAAAAAAGCGUGCGGCGACUGAAUUGUACGUAGACAACGAAGUUGAAACAGGAAAGGAAACCAGCAUACCCCGGAAACUUACCAAGACGGUUACAAAUCAUAUGCAGGCGGAAUCGAUUCCAAGGCAUGAGAGUUUCGCGGUUUAUUCCGAAACAAAAAAUAAUGAUAAACCCAUGUUCACGGAAGGUUCGGGCGAAAACGAUUCAACAAUAAAAGAACCAUCGCAAUGUUCUACAGAGGAUUCAAAUAAAACCUCCGACUUAGGAGUUGGUGCCGAAAUAGCGAGCAAGAAAAAUCUUAGUGACAAUCUAACUUCAACUGGUCAGAACUCUAGAACGUUUGGUAGUGGUUUCAUACCGAAAGCGAUAUCGACAACCACCAAAAUAUUUGGUAGUUCAAUUUCGAGCUCGUCUCAAUCACAGAACAAACCGCUCGGAUUUUCAAAUUACAUGUCUUCUCCGCUGAGUAAAAACGUAUUUGGUUCAGGAUUUAUAAAUACUGGAGAUUCAAUGAUGGGGAAAUUUGGCACUCAAGAGUCUCCUGCAACUUCAAUUUUCGAUGACACUUCAUAUAAUGAAGAUGAAAAUGAUAGAGAAAGCGACACCGAAGAUGGAAUGUCUUUUGGAAUGGGUGCGAAACCCUUGCUACAAGAGAAAGAAGUAUUGACUGGAGAAGAAAAUGAAAUUACUCGAUAUUCGGUUAGAGCAAAGUUAUAUUGCAUGGAUCGGGAGCAGCAAUGGAAAGAACGAGGAGUUGGAAUUUUGAAACUCAACUUUCAAAAAAAUUAUGAAAAAUCUCCGCGGCUAGUGAUGCGCGCUGACGGUGUAUUACGAGUGAUUUUGAAUGUUGCAUUAUUUCAUGGUAUGAACAUCGAAAGGUCACAAGAAAAAUUUGUAAGAUUGUUCGCGUUUGAAGAAAACAACACCGCACCUGUUCAUUUCGCCAUUAAGCUUUCUAAUCCCAAUGCGGCUGACGAUCUAUACAGAGCUAUAAUGGACGCAAUACCGUCAGUCACCCAACAGAAGUCUCAUCAUCAAAUCGAUGCCGUGGCCUCUCGUGCUUGA